UGGCCGGACGCGGCGCAGCCCGAGCGUCACGGUCGCUCGCCGCCUCUUGUAACCCCUGACGCCCGCCGGCGGCGCAAGUCGCGCCAAUUCUCGAACGGUUCCGCGCCGGGCGCGGCGCGGUUCUGCGUAGCAGGGGCCAGACUCUGAGCAAUUUGCGUAGCGAACGGCGGCCGCGCAGGCGCAGGAGGGGGCGGAGCAGCGGGAGCCGGGGAGCCGGAGCCCCGCGUCCCAGCGACCGGAGCCGGCUACCCAUCGGCGGCCUGAGGACCCGGCGUCGGCCUCCUCCCGCCCCCCGCGGCUGGGGAGUAGACGCAGUGGGGGGUGGGGUGGGGGCAGCGUCCGGAAUCCCGAGGACGGAAGGCAGAGGCCCUCCCCAUCCGGAUUGUUGGAGGGGAAAGAGUCCCCCAGUUUGGGGAGGGGGAGAGCCAGGCGUUGAGCGUCCCCAGCAGCGGCCGCUACCCUGAGCAGACUGGCGUUGGCCGGCUCUCCCCCUCCUGCCAGGACGACUCCAGCGACCAAGACCAGGGACCCCUCUUCUUCAGACUCUGCACCUCCACCCCUCUCCCCACCCCCGGCUCUGAGGCUGGCCCAGAGAGCAGUGCUCCCAUCCCCCUCUGCCCUGGAGAGGAAAGGCUGUCCUUCCACACCCCUGAGUGAGGGGCCCAGGUUGCCUGUGCCCCGCAAAGGCAAGGGUCCCUCUAUUCAGGGGGGGAGGGCCUGGCCAGCCACAACUUCUUUUCCCCUGAGCUCCCCAUCUCUGUCUCUGCACCCUACAACUCCCACCCCUCCGUAUUUAUUUCCCUGGCCCCCUGCCAGCCCCUCCAUCUCUGUCUCCGGGAUUCAGGCCUCCCUCCCUGACAUGGAGAGUAACCUGUCUGGCCUGGUGCCUGCUGCUGGGCUGGUGCCUGCGCUGCCGCCCGCCGUGACCCUGGGGCUGACUGCGGCCUACACCACUCUGUACGCCCUGCUCUUCUUCUCCGUCUAUGCCCAGCUCUGGCUGGUGCUCCUGUAUGGGCACAAGCGUCUCAGCUAUCAGACGGUGUUCCUGGCACUCUGUCUGCUCUGGGCUGCUUUGCGUACCACCCUCUUCUCCUUCUACUUUCGAGAUACACCCCGAGCCAACCGUCUGGGGCCACUGCCCUUCUGGCUUCUCUACUGCUGUCCUGUCUGCCUCCAGUUCUUCACACUGACGCUUAUGAACCUCUACUUUGCCCAGGUGGUGUUCAAGGCCAAGGCAAAGCGUCGGCCAGAGAUGAGCCGAGGCUUGCUGGCUGUCCGAGGGGCCUUCGUGGGGGCCUCGCUGCUCUUUCUGCUGGUGAAUGUGCUGUGUGCAGUGCUGUCCCGCCGGCGCCGGGCACAGCCCUGGGCCCUCCUGCUGGUGCGCGUCCUGGUGAGCGACUCCCUGUUUGUUAUCUGCGCACUCUCUCUUGCCGCCUGCCUCUGCCUUGUCGCCCGGCGGGCUCCCUCCACCAGCAUCUACCUGGAGGCCAAGGGGACCAGCGUGUGCCAGGCAGCUGCGAUGGGUGGCGCCAUGGUUCUGCUCUAUGCCAGCCGGGCCUGCUACAACCUGGCGGCCCUGGCCUUGGCCCCCCGGAGCCGGCUGGACGCCUUCGAUUAUGACUGGUACAACGUCUCUGAUCAGGCGGACCUGGUGAACGACCUGGGGAACAAAGGCUACCUGGUGUUUGGCCUCAUCCUCUUUGUGUGGGAGCUGCUGCCCACCACCCUGCUGGUGGGCUUCUUCCGGGUGCACCGGCCCCCGCAGGACCUGAGCACCAGCCACAUCCUCAACGGGCAGGUCUUUGGCUCCCGUUCCUACUUCUUCGACCGGGCACACUGCGAGGAUGAGGGCUGCUCUUGGGAGCACAGCCGGGGUGAGAGCACCAGCAUGUCAGGCAGCCUAGGCUCCAGCAGCUGGUACGGUGCCAUCGGGCGGGAGCCAGGCUGGUGCGGGGGCAGCCAGACGCGGACCACUCCUCUGCUCUUCUCCCAGGUUCUGGGACCAGGCAGCCACCAUCACAGUCUCUACUCUACCCCACAGACGUGAUCCCCCUUCAUCUCCCCGCAGAACACCCAGACCCCAGUCCCUCCCACCCCAGACCCCUGUGCCAAGUUCAUCUGCCGCUUCUUGCCUGGGAUCCCGGGGGCUGUGACUGCCUCUUUCCCAGGCCGGCUCCUUGCUACUCCUGUUGUAGUGAGCUUGUGCUGUCCCCGAGGAUGGGGGGCAUGGCCCUGGCUGCCAGAGGCUCAUAGCAGCCUGGCAUGAUCUACCACCUCUGCUUCCACACCAGAGCCAGCUACCUGUCCUGUGCCUGCCACUCAAUAAACAGUGUCUGUGCCCCGAGUCUAUUCACUG